ACCGCCUGCACCAUGCCGCGCUCCUUCCUGGUCAAGAAGCAUUUCAACGCCUCCAAGAAGCCCAACUACAGCGAACUGGACACGCACACAGUGAUUAUUUCCCCAUAUCUGUAUGAGAGUUACCCAUUGCCUGUCAUUCCACAACCAGAGAUCCUCACGUCAGGAGCGUACAGCCCCGUUACUGUGUGGACUACGGCGCCAUUCCACUCCCCACUGCCCAAUGGCCUCUCUCCUCUUUCUGGAUACCCCUCUUCCUUGGGGCGUGUGAGCCCCCCUCCUCCCUCCGACACCUCAUCCAAGGACCACAGUGGCUCCGAAAGUCCCAUUAGUGAUGAAGAGGAAAGACUCCAAUCCAAACUGUCAGACCCUCAUGCGAUUGAAGCUGAAAAGUUUCAGUGCAAUUUAUGCAGUAAGACCUAUUCAACUUUUUCUGGGCUGGCCAAACAUAAGCAGCUGCACUGUGACGAUGCACAGUCUAGGAAGUCUUUCAGCUGUAAGUACUGUGACAAGGAAUACGUGAGUUUGGGCGCCCUCAAGAUGCACAUUCGGACCCAUACUUUACCCUGCGUCUGCAAGAUCUGUGGCAAGGCGUUUUCCAGACCCUGGUUACUGCAAGGACACAUUAGAACUCACACUGGAGAGAAGCCUUUUUCUUGCCCUCACUGCAACAGGGCAUUUGCAGACAGGUCUAACCUGAGGGCUCAUCUGCAGACCCACUCUGAUGUCAAGAAAUACCAGUGCAAAAACUGCUCCAAAACCUUCUCCAGAAUGUCUCUUCUGCACAAACAUGAGGAAUCUGGCUGCUGCAUAGCUCACUGAGUGACGCAAUCAAUGUUUACUCGAACAGAUGCAUUUCUUCACUCCAACUCCAAAUGACAAAUAAAAGUCCAAAGGCAUUUUUCACUUGUGCUUACCAACCAAAAAUAUGUAUAAACACACAUACACACAGCUGCAAGACCAUGGAUUCCAUGUGUUUAAAGUUAAUCCUUUCCAUGUGAAGUUUAAAAUUACUAUAUAUUUACUGACAGCUAGAUCGAGAAGAUAAAAGACAAAGAUCUUUCUCUAAAGGUAAAGCCAAAAAAGAAAAUAAGGAAAGAAAGAAUG